GGCAUUUUAGUAAAUGCAAAAAUGAAGGACAGUUUCUUUCAAAAAUGCUAAAAUAUGAAGAUUUAUAGUUUACAUAUUAAAAAACAACAGCAAAUGAAUUAAAACAUAUUACAGAGCGUAAUUUGAUCUACGCUUAAGAACUAACAUUAUAGAAAUACUGAGGCCGUUGACAAUAACGUAAUACUGUGACUUUGUGUUUGCAUGUUUGAUUUGCCGAUUUGGAAUUGUUUUUGUGCUUUAUUUUUGCAAAGAUAUACCGUAAAAGUGCCAAUAGACUUCCGGAAUAGUUAGCAUGCUCAAUUUAUAACAGCCAUACCGUAGUUGCUUUUGUAUUAAUUUGAAGAAUAUGGAUCCAGGUCUUCCACCGCAGACAUUCGUGGCCCCGCCGGGUAUAGGGACUCCUCCGUUGCUGCCACAAGUUCCGAUUCCUGCGCCUAUAGCAGGGCUCUCGCCGUUUUCUCCGAUGAUUCCUUCGUUUACUGUGCCUCCUCCUGGGUUUAACAACUUCGGGCCUCCUGGAGUUCCUGGAAUUGUGCCUUCGAAUAUAGGGCCAAUUACACCAGGGAGCGAGUGGACUGAACAUAAGGCUCCGGAUGGGAGGACCUACUAUUAUAACUCUGUUACGAAACAGAGUUCGUGGCAGAAACCAGAUCAAUUAAAAACUCCUGCUGAGUUGCUGCUGUCCCAAUGUCCAUGGAAAGAAUAUACAGCAGAUAAUGGAAAAAUCUAUUACCAUAAUGUCACUACAAAGGAGUCACGCUGGAGUAUACCUCCAGACUUGGAAGAAAUUAAGAAGAAAAUUGCAGCUGAAGAUAUAAAACCUCCUUCUGGAUCGGUCACACCAAGAGAAGUUAACAGCCCAGCGCCUGUUUCACAACCUGUUUUAUCAGCAGGUUCUACAGGACCCAAUUCACCAACUGCCAUGCCAAGUCCAGGUGGAAAGAGUGCCCUAGAAGCUGCCAUGGCUGCUACGUUGGCAGCUAUCUCAUUGCCCAAUCCACCUGCUAAAUCAGAUGAAGAUACCAGUACUCCUCAAGCUGAAGCUUCGAAAGAGUCUCGUACAGCAACACCUGAGCCAAUAGUAUUUACCAACAAGAAAGAAGCAACUGAGGCGUUUAAGGAACUUCUGAAAGAGAAAAAUGUUCCUUCAAACGCCAGCUGGGAACAGUGUGUCAAGAUUAUAUCAUCAGAUCCUAGAUACGAGACCUUCAAGAAAUUAAAUGAGAAAAAACAGGUUUUUAAUGCAUAUAAAACUCAAAAACAAAAAGACGAAAAGGAUGAACAAAGGCUAAAGUCUAAGAAAUAUAAAGAACAAUUGGAAGAAUUCCUUCUUGCUACUGACCUUAUAUCUUCAAGUACGAAAUAUUACAGAUGCGAUGAACUAUUCAGCACAAAGGAGGUGUGGCAAAACGUCAACGACCAAGACAGAAGAGACAUCUACGAUGACGUCAUGUUUUCUUUGGCCAAGCGUGAGAAAGAAGAUGCCAAGAAUCUGAAAAAGCGCAACAUGAAGAAACUGUCCGAAGUUUUAGAGUGUAUGACUAAAAUUAACUAUGAUACCACUUGGAGUGAGGCCCAGGUGUCUUUGUUAGAGAACAGCACCUUCAAAAAUGACGUAAAUCUGCUCGCCAUGGACAAAGAAGAUGCCCUUAUAGUUUUCGAAGAACAUAUCAGGGUGUUAGAGAAAGAAUAUGCUGAAGAGCGAGAACGAGAGAAGAGGAGAUUGAAGAGACAAUGUAGGAAAAACAGGGAUCAGUUUCUAGCACUUUUGGAUCAUUUGCAUGAAGAAGGGAAAUUGACUUCGAUGUCGCUUUGGGUAGAGUUGUAUCCGAUUAUUUCGGCGGAUAUUCGAUUUUCUGCGAUGUUAGGUCAGAACGGUUCAACUCCUUUAGACCUCUUUAAAUUUUAUGUCGAAGAUCUGAAGGCGCGGUUCCACGACGAGAAGAAAGUAAUCAAAGACAUUCUCAGAGAAAAAGCAUUUGAAGUACAAAUUGAUACUACUUUCGAUCAAUUUGCUACUGUCAUCUGCGAAGACAAGAGGUCUGCUGCGUUGGAUGCUGGAAAUGUGAAAUUGACAUACAAUUCCUUCCUAGAAAAGGCUGAAGUGAAAGAAAAGGAGAGACUGAAGGAAGAGAGUAAACGGAUGAAGAAGUUGGAAUCCAAUUUGAAGGAGCUCUUGAAAGAGAUGAAUAUUGAUUUCGAAUUGCCUUGGGAUGAGGUUAAAGCAAAAUUGGAAAAGGAGGACGAAUUUUUAGCGUUUGAAUCUGACAGUGAAAGACAAAGAGUCUAUAGGGAAUUUCAACAUGAAAUGGAGGAAUCGUGCAGCCAUCACCAUUCCCGGUCCAAGAAGUCUAAGAAAAAGAAGAAGAAGGUGUACAAAUCCUCUUCGAGCGAUUCCGGUAGCGAUAAACAUAAGAAGUCCAAACACAAAUCGAAAAGCCCUACGCCUUAUUCUGAAGACAGCGCAGACGAAUAUCGGAAGAAGAAAUCGAAGAAGAAACAUAAGAGGAAAAUGUCUCCUAACACCCCGCCAGAAAAGUACGUUGGGAGGGGCGAGUCCGAAGGAAGGAGGGGUGAGAUGAGCGAGACGGAACUAGAGAAACAGAGGGCGCUGCUGUUGGCCAAACUAAACAACGAGAGCGAUUGACGUAAGCGGAGUUAGUGGGUUUGACACGUUGACAGCGUUACGGACAUGGCGGUCUUUGACUUAACUAAAGUCAGAGGACGAAAUAGUUGUCAGUGAUUCAUUUCGAAGUUAGUGUAUCAUUACUGAAUUUGUGGAGAAAGUGAAGUAAUUUCAGUGUCGUGUAAAAUUAUACUAUAAUUUAUUUUAGUAUUUUUAUAAUUAUAGUAUAUUUAAGUAAGCAAUAAGUAACAUUUCAUGCAACAAUUUCCUGACAACUAUUUCGUUCUUUGAGAUAUAAUCAACUAUUCUAAAUGGGAAAUAAGCCAAAAUUUAACUAAAAAAAAAAAAAUGUGUGUGUACUUUGUACGCACGUAAAAAGUUAUACUUCUAUUACAUAUAUGAUUUCAACGAAAUAAAUAUACUUUCAACAGGUUAUUUGUAUUUGAAGAUUAAACUAAUUUUUACAUACUACUUUCCAAAAAUGUGUGUUAAAACAAUACUAAAAUAAAAAAAAAAAAGUUAGAUAACACACGGAUUCGAACCAGGGACCUCUCGAUCUCCGGUCGAACGCACUACCACGGAGCUAAACUCCCUUUGCUUUGACAGCUUACAAGAUUUCUCAUACAUACUGACAAAUUUAAUAGACCAAGUGAGGUAUAAAAAUACUUUAAUAUUUAAAGAAAAUAUACUUAUUAUUAUUAUAAAAUAUUUUAUUCCCGAGGAAGACAAAUAAAAAGCACAAAAAUUAUAUAAAUAAUACAUUUACUAAAAACACUAAUAUAUUCUUUUAAUGACUUAUUUGCGCUGAUACAGAUACUAUCUUUAAAGAUUAGCAACGAACUACAUACUGUCUGUCUACGCAUGCGCCAGGGAAGUAUAAAAUUUCACCCUCAAUCGUAAAGAAGUAUAACCUCAAAAAUGAUUUUAUUAACGUUUCGACGUCUACAUCGGAUGUCGUUGUCAAAAUACAAAAUAUUAAUAAAUUAAACAAAAAUGUUGUUGCUUAGUAAAAAAUUCUUCUAAAAAUUUAAUUUAAUCUGACUCAUUUAUAUCGGCAAUUCAGACAUAUAUUAUACAGACUUUAAAAUGAUAUUUCCAAUAUUUAUGAGUUGCGUUCCUGGAACUCUACUAAAAGAUAGUUCAUUCGAUUACAUGAAAUCAGCCCAACUCAAGAAUAUCCGUCACAAAAUAAUCAUUUUUUUAAUUAAAUUGUGGCUUAUUUCUCAUUUAGAAUAGUUGAUUACAAAAAUGCCACAAGGAAAUAGCUUCAGAACAACUUUGAGAUAUGUUGCCUAUCCAGAGGGAUACGUCAUUAAUUAUUUAUUUGCAUUAAAUUCCUCCAAGAAUAAAUUGUAUACAGAGUAAGUUUUAUUAUAUGGAACGCAUCAAUUAUCUCGGAAACAGCUUGCACGAUUUUUAUAGGUUUCAGUGAGUAAGGAGCCGUCCAUUAAUCACGUGAGGCUCGAAAGGGGGGAAGGGUCUACAAAAAAUCACGAAAUGUCACAAUACACGUGAUAUAGGGGGUCCUAAACCUUACAAUGUAUCACCAAGGGGAAAGGGGAGGUUAAAAAAUGCCAAAAAAACAUCACGUGAUUAAUGGACGGUCCCUAAGGGUCUUGUGAUGCGGUCGAUAUUGUGGUGGUAUUUACAUUGUUGUCAGAUCUUCCGUUUUUCUGGAAAUAAAAUUUCUAAUUUCAAAUGAAACACCCUGUAUAUUUUUUGUGUUUUGAAGUCCUUAAGAAAUACUGAUUAUUUUUCAUGUUGUGUUCCCUAUACCUAAAUGCCAUCACUCCAGAGUUAUUGCUACAUUUAUUUAAACAAUUUUUUUAAACCAGUUGUAAAAAUCGGCAAAAACAAUUUUUUCGGCCCGGACAGAUAUAUAUUAUUUUAGGAUUAUAUUAUAUAUCAUUUGAAAAAAAGGUCUGUUUUAAUUUUGGUCUACUAAAGUUGAUCGUUUUCGGGUUAUAAACAAUUUAAAACGAAAAGAAAGAAAAAUGAUGCUCAUAAAAAAACUUAAAUAAAAGUAUUAUUUUUGAAAUUGCGAAGAGCCUAAAUUCAAAUUCAAAUCUUCUAUCAACUCUUGAAAAGAAUUUUUGGCAUGCUUAAUUGUAAAACAUUGUUUCUAUAUUAAUAAAGAACAAUCUUUUAAAAUGAAAUAAGCCCAAAAUAUUUAUAGGGAACUGAUUGGAUAAGGUUUGAACUUGAAUUUAGGUACUUGGACUUAGACUUUAGGUACUAGAAAUAAUUAAAAAAAAACCUAAAAUAAUAUCUGCCCUGGUCGAAAUUUUUUUUAUUUAUUUUAUGUGAAAUAAAUGUUUAAAGUGUAGCAAUAACUUCGAAAUUAUGGCAUUUAGAUAUAAGGAACAUUACAUGAAAAAUAGUCAGUAUUUCAUCUGAAAUAAGAAAGUUUAUUAGAUUUCCAGAAAAACGGAAGAUCUGACAACAGUGUAAAUACCACCAUAAUAUCGGCCGCAUCGGAGGACAUUUACUCACUCUAGAAAAGUGUAUCUUAAGGUACAACAUUAGAAGAGUAUUGUAUAAAGUUUUCAUGUAAUAAUAUUAAAAAAUAAGCCGCUGAUUUGAAUACACCGCCUCAUAAAGGGUGUUUUGUGGCGAGGAUCAUGACUAAUAACUGGAUCAUCUGAAAUCAAAAAAUCAAAAAGAUUUUGUUAGCUAAUGAGCUUCUCUAGGUCCUGAAGUGGAUAAUGUUCGUUUAUAUUGAUUUUUGAAUUUGUGGAAUAAUUUAGAAGUUGAAACAAAGAAAAAAAUGAUUUUUUUUUGCUCGAAAAUGUUAUAUGUAUAUUCUAAAUAAAAUGUUAUAUAUUAUACUGCCGAAGACCUGUAACGCAGUCAAAGUGUCAAAUAACGUUUUAUCGCACGACAGUGAUUUUACUUUGUUUAAUCAUAUUACGGACAAUACAUUUAGGUAUUUUAAUUUUAUAAACUUACAUUAUAUGCAAUAAAGUGUAUGAUUUUCUGAA